GUGCUCCAGAGGUCUGUCUGUGAGUCGGAUUUGGGGCUGUGUGUGUGUGUUUGUGUGUGUGCAUGUGCUGCCAUAGGGGCUGGCUGCUCUAUCUCCAACUUUUUCUCAGGAAUUUCUUGUAGCUGACUGGUGAGACAUUGUGGAGUUGUUGGGUCCCUGGCUAGCCAGACCACCUUUACAAUGGCUAGCUGCUUUGGUGUCUUCAAGCUAGCUUUCCUUUUGCAACUGCUGUGUUUAUCGCUGGCACAAGUGCUCGGUCCACCAGGUGAACCAGGCGCAAAGGGUCCCCCAGGCCCAUCAGGGACCCCGGGAUCUGAUGGCAUAGAUGGUGAAAAAGGCCCACCAGGACCACCUGGCCCAGCUGGUGCAAAAGGCGAGCCAGGCCAACCUGGUCCAGAUGGCCCUCCUGGAGAACCAGGGAUAGAUGGUGUGAUCGGUGUCAAGGGAGACAGGGGCCGGCCCGGAAAUCCAGGACCAAAGGGACAACCUGGUCCUGUGGGGAAGACUGGUCUUGCUGGACCCGGUUUACCAGGACUUCCAGGUCCUCCUGGUCCAAUAGGAUUACCUGGCAAAAUUGGAGUUCUAGGAAGCAAGGGAAUGAUGGGACCUGCUGGACCACCAGGAAAUCCAGGCCCACCAGGAAAACCUGGCCCACCUGGCAAAUUCCAUGGAGAGGAGGGCAGUGCUGAUUUUCAGUGCCCAUCAAAUUGUCCAGCUGGACCAAAGGGACCCCAAGGCCUGCAAGGACUGAAGGGGCACAAAGGCCGGCCGGGAACUUUUGGUGAUUCAGGUGAUAUAGGAAACACUGGUUCCAAGGGAGAUGUAGGAAUUUCUGGAGAACAAGGAAUCCCAGGCCCUCCAGGUCCUCAAGGAUUGAGAGGAUACCCCGGAAUGGUGGGACCAAAAGGAGAAGCUGGUCCCCGUGGAUAUAAGGGUAUGCCAGGACCUGUUGGCAUUCCUGGACUCCCAGGUGAAGAAGGACCCAAGGGCCCACCGGGAGAGGCUGGUGAAAAAGGAGAUCAUGGUUCCCGUGGAAUUAGAGGACUACAAGGACCCGUUGGCCUAAAAGGAGAGAAUGGCCUUCCGGGAAUUGAUGGAAAAGAUGGUACGCCUGGAAUACCUGGUAUGAAGGGUGCACCUGGACAACCGGGAAUACCAGGACCCCCAGGUCAUCAGGGGGCAGCUGGCUUGCCGGGUAGUCCAGGAAUUAAGGGUGGUCCUGGUGACAAGGGUGAGCCUGGACCACGUGGAAUUCAAGGGUUAUCAGGAGCAUCUGGACCACAGGGUGAACCCGGUAUACCUGGUGAGGCUGGCAUGGAAGGAGUCCCUGGUGCAAAAGGUGACAGGGGGCAAAGGGGUCCUGUCGGUCCUCCAGGUCUAGUUGGUAAAGUAGGUGUAAAAGGUGAACGAGGUCCUAUGGGAAUACCAGGACCUCAAGGACUGCCUGGGGUGAAAGGCGAUAAAGGUUUUCAAGGAAAAGUAGGGCCAAAGGGGGAUUUUGGAGAUCCUGGUGUUGAAGGUCUUGCUGGAGAAAAAGGGGAAAAGGGAUUGUCUGGUGAACCAGGACCAAAAGGACAGGUAAGGCUGUUUUUAAUGUUAAACAGUCACGCCAUUCAUUUUGAUUAUGAAAGCACUGGAAAGCUCUUUUGAGUGUAAGGACCUGCU